AUGAACUCGGACACGGAGAACGUCGUUGCGCCUGUGAAGACUGUAAAGACGGAAUCGCAAGAGCAGGAGGUAUCUGUAUCUACAUCUGCACCGCUCUCCCCGUCAAAACCUUCCCUGGAGCCCGAAUCUCCAGGACUGAAGAGGCGGCAGUCGCAAGGGACAGCUUCUUCGAUACCUACACCCACCCCGACAAUACGUGCAAAGCGCCCUCGCUCAGACCAGAUGACCAAGGUGCUGCCUCUGCAAUAUGAAUUCUGCGCGACAGAGGACAUGGUCAUUCUCAUAGCCAAUAUGAUCCAGGAGCUUAUCAUAGCAAACGAUGGAUUGCCGCUUCGAAGUGGAGUGCUGACCAGGUUUCAUUCGAGAACCCCUCCCGGCAUAUCCGUUCUUGAUUACUUGCAACGGCUUGCGAAGCAUGCCACACUAUCUCCUCCUCUACUUCUUUCCAUGGUCUACUACAUCGAUCGACUUUGUGCAGCCUAUCCAGCAUUCACCAUAACUACGCUUACUGUUCAUCGAUUCCUAAUAACCGCAGCUACGGUAGCCGCGAAAGGCCUCUCUGAUUCCUUUUGGAACAACACUACAUAUGCUAGAGUAGGAGGCAUAAAGCUUGCGGAGUUGGGAAUGCUAGAGCUGGAUUUUUUGUACCGGGUUGACUGGAAAAUUGUCCCGAAUCCGGAGGCGCUCGUCGAAUACUACAAGGGGUUAGUGGAUCGCUCAGAAGGCUAUGUUAUUGAGAGCGACUCUAGUUCCGUAGACGAGGACGGAGAAAUGGACGAAGAAGAUGGCAACGACUUAGAUGGAUCGAGUCCAGAGUAUAGGACGGAAGCUUCGGAGGAGCAAAGGACCGAUACAAACACGAAAUGGAAGGCGUGGAUGGAUGACGUUUCGACGAGCAAAGGUGACAUGAGAGCAGGAUGA